AUGGUCCGGAUAAUGAAAGGCGAAAAGAGCUUGGACCUCCUACAGGGACUCUUGGUCUUCAUAGCCUGGCAUCAUCACUACAUGGACGUCCAAGCCGUUUCGAUCACGAUGCUUCUCCAGUUGUGCUUGGGUAUCGCACACGAUCUGGGUCUGGACAGUAUAGGGAGGACUGUGAGGAGUCCUCUACAAAAGGAAAGCCCGCGAGACAGGGAAGCUAAGCGGGCUUAUUUGGGAUGUUACUACCUAUCUUCCAACUUGGGUCUGAUGGAGCCAGUCAAGGCAAGGACAAUGACGCACACCAGCACGCUCCGAAACUACGCGUCAGAAUUGGCCUCAUCGUGGGAAAACACAUCAGAUGCCGUCCUUCCAAUACUAACGGAUGUCUGUCAAUACAUGGAGGAUGUGGAGGAGACUUUCCGUAAUCAGUCAGAGCAAGCAGUGGUUGUUCGUACACAAGUCAAACGACUGAGCGAUAAGUGGGAGAACAUUCGUCUUGCAUCCAAGCUGCAAGCGAAGGAUUUCACGAUACUGCAAUGGCUACAGCUUGCAGCACGCAUACACCUGUAUCGAACGGCAGCUUCCAUCGAUCUCGUAGAUCGCGAUAGUACACCGUGGGCUUCGGGCUUCCAGCUAUCACUACGCGUCACCUUGGUCCGGUCCGUCGAACAGUUCCUUGACAACAGCACAAAGCUCCCGACCAAGCAUUUCGAUUUCGUGUCGCUGAUCGACUGGCUCAACCUGAUCAACACCAUCACCAGCUUGAGCAAGUUGGCCAUACACGCCUCGCCCAUGCCGGGUUGGGACGCUAGCGAGCUCCAAAUAGCGAAGUCAUUCGACUACUAUCGCGAACAACUAUCCUCGCAAAUGCCUCGCCCUCGCGAUGCUCAAGACAGUCAAGAAGACGCGUUUGGGCGCUUCCGACGCAUCACUUCAGUCAUGAGACUAGCGCUGCACGAUGCAAUGGGUAGGGGAAGCCCGAACGGCAACACAUUUGAGCUAGCGACAGGCUCGGGACGGACUGUGUCUCUCCUCCACAAUCUGUCACUGCCUAAAAUUAACGGGAGUGGUACGACCAAUGGAGUGGAGAAAUUACCGAGUUUACGGGACGUGACUCCGUCGCUCGAUAUUACCAGCACCGAUUUCCACUGGAAGUUCCUCAUGGGCGCGGUCUGA